AUGCAUCGUUGACAGAGCACUUUUAACUUGCUCAUCAGUCAUCGCCAUCAAUGGAAACUGCAACCAAUAAAUCGUCGAUCUUCAUCUACCCUGUAAAAUCAUGCCGUGGAAUCUCAGUUCCUCAUGCACCUCUCACCCCCACUGGAUUUCGAUGGGAUAGGCAAUGGCUUAUUGUGAACCAGAAAGGGAGGGCACUCACUCAAAGGGUUGAACCAAAGCUUGCUCUUGUCCAAGUAGAUCUGCCGGUUGAGGCCUUCUACCAGGGUUGGGAACCUAUCAAUGACUCCUAUAUGAUUAUCAAAGCACCUGGAAUGGAUUCUCUCAAGGUUCGGCUCAGUAAACCGUCAGGAGUAGCAGAUGGUGUUUCGGUAUGGGAGUGGUCCGGGUCUGCAUUGGAUGAGGGUGAUGAGGCUUCGAAAUGGCUCAUGGAAUAUAUCGGGGAACCCUGUAGGCUGGUUCGUUUUAAUGCAGCAUCGGAAACUAGGCCAGUAGAUCCGGGGUAUGCUGGUGGGCAUGACAUCAUGUUUUCGGACGAGUAUCCGUUCAUGCUACUAUCUCAGGAAUCAUUGGAUGCACUUAACAAGCUUAUGAAGGAGCCUGUGCCGAUUAAUCGUUUUAGACCCAACAUUGUUGUUCGUGGUUGCGAACUGUUUUCGGAAGACACAUGGACGAAAAUGAAAAUAGGCCAAUUUUCAUUUGACUGUGUGAAACUAUGCGCCCGCUGUAAGGUACCUACAAUCAAUCAAGACACCGCAAUCGCCGGUCCGGAGCCGAUUGAAACUCUAAUGAAAGUCAGGUCAGAUAAGGUUUUGCGACCGAACGACAAACAGCAGGGGAGGAUCUACUUUGGGCUGAACUUGGUUUGCAAGGAAAGCACCGAAGACUCAAAGAUGGUUAAAGUGGGAGAUCCCGUUGUUGUCGUCCAGAAAGUCUCAUCAGCUGCAGAAGCAGCAGCUUGAAUAUUGGCUGAACAUCAUCUUUGGAUUUCAUUUUCUGUUGUCUAAAUAAAUAAGUGGUUUAG